CGUUACAGAGUGAGCGUGCACUAACACAGAUCUUUGUGAUUGUUUUGAUAGUUAUUUUUUACGUAUCCAGGAUGACUUACAAAACGAGGGCAACCUUAAUAUAUAUUUUGUUCACGUGCCAAAGCAUUUCUGGACUUAAUCAUGUAUUCUUGUGUACGUUUAACGAACAUCAAAUCAACAUAGAAUUACAGUGCAAGGGUGAUUCCAAAAUCAAUAUUGUCGACGGAUGGGGUUUUAAAUCAGAUAAAACAUAUACAUGUGCAAACAACAAAUCCGCGACAGUACCAGGGGUAUUUCACGGUUUGGGAAAAGCAAUGUGGCACGAAAUUCUCGCAGGAUGUGUGGCUGAAAGUCAUUGUAACAUUCCACAUUUUCCAGAACGUUUUCCAAAUGAUAAAUCCCAUGGCAUCGCAAUUGAAUACAACUGUCUUCCAGAUGAUGCGUUCCUGCAAUUUUGCCAUCAAAGUUCUACUCUAAAAACAUUUUAUGGAAAUCCAAAUGGUGUUGACCUCAUCUACAAAGGCGACGAAAGCACUACAGAGUUGUGUACAUGUGAUGUUGAAACAAACGGACACAUCGAGACAUCCCUGACAAUAUUCCCAACAAAAAGUAUGAAUCUGACAGUUAAAAGUGGAGGAAACGUAACACGUUGCAAUAACGAAGUGUUAAUCCGAAGUGAAAUUACAAAUGGCAACGAUAGAAGCAAACAGACGUUUGUUGUGGAUUAUGCCACAGAACCUCACAACGGUGUUCCAUUUCUUCUUCUUCAAUUUUCAUUCUCAAUUCAUGACAAAAAUGGCCAUAUAUAUAUACUUUGUGGACAAGAAAACAAAGAAUUGGCUCCAGCGCCACCAAAGGAUAAUACGACAACACCAGAUAAUGAAACACCAGAAACAACACAUAUAUCAGGAUAUGCAGCUACAGCAACAGUUACAGCAAUGUCCACCAUUUUGAUUAUUGUUAUUAUUGUUGCCCUUAUGAAGAAGAAACACGGGACAAAGCCAAACAAUAAAGGCGUUUUGUCGACACAUGCCAAAACAUGUACAAGACAUGUACAGGCAUCAUUAUCGGUGACCUGCAACGAUAGUGAAAUAAGUCAUUCAUAUGCAGAAAUAGGAAGUAUUUCGGAUUAUCGUCAUUACGUGAUGCCGGAUGAAACAUCUCAGCAAAGUUUUAAGAUGAAAAUAUGUUUGGAAAAAGUUUGUGAUUCAAAUGAUAAUGAUCGACGAAAACCGAAUGUAGACGCACUCGCCCAAAGGAAACAAAAGUCACUACCAAAAGCGAAAAGUGCGAACAAAGUUGACCCCGUUAUCUAUAACGCUGUAAAAGAUGUAGAUAUUAUAACAAAGGAAAAGAUAGCUGAAAACAACACAGACUGUAAACACAUUGAGAAUAAGGUUGAGCAAGAGCAGCGUUUACCUGAAAUACGGGACAAGAGUAAAGUGAACGAAAAUACAAGCAUUCCGAGAGUUUCAGGAGACCAACACAACCUUGAAAACGACAUUAGAAAAAUUUCCAGGGAGCAUUACGACCCAUCUGGAUAUCUAGAUUUAGACAUCGCCGAGAAGACAAGUCAUCAGUAUCUACAAAAAUGGAUGAAAGAAAUCUACGCAGUCGAGCAAAAAGCGAAACUAGAAGACAAACAACGGAAGGACGCAGGGCCACCACAAGUUGGAAAGAGAAAAGUUUUGAUUGUUCAAAAUGAGCAAGCACCUGAACGACAAGGCAAUUUAUAUUCUAAUGCUGACGACCACAGAAUUGCCUUUUCGGACGAGGAGACUUUGUUUAAUAACCAAUUAUAAUAGCCGCAACUCUUCAGCAUUUUCCCAUCAUACUUUGGCAAAUAACUACUAGUAUGGGUAAUAGCCAGUAUCUUCCGAAAAAAAAACAUAUACGAUUGCAAUGCAAAAUCAAAA